AUGAGGGCAGGACCUGGGGUGGGGCGCGGCCACCGCCUUUGGGGCGGCACCCCCAGUGAGGGGGUCAACUUCGCGGAGGAGCCAGGAGACCGGGAAAUUUAUUUUGCUUUUGACAAGGAGGAUUUUACCAAACAGCUCAUACCUAAUCUUCAGAAAGUCAGAACUGCAGGUGCCACCAAUGCUUCUCAGUCCUUGGCGCCUUGGGAAAAAGUUGGGCGGAGGGAGCUGAAGACAGUGGUUGGGACAAGGAAGGCUAAUUUUACUAGGAGGGCCGCAGCGGCGCCUCUCCCCCGCAGACCGCCAGGGGGCGUGCGGAGACACCCUCCCCCCACCCUCCCCGUGCGGCAGAGCCUUGGACUUGUGACCACCAGCCGGCCCUCUCGCCUUAUGGCAGCUCGCCCUCCGGCGGUUAACUUGGGGCGGAGCUUGGGUGACAACCAUAGGUUGGGAGCACGCAGAGGAGAAAGCAGUGGCCGCCAGAGGAGUCCAGGCCGUGGGAGGGCAGGGCCUUUGAUGCCUUCGGAGAGCACACUCUGUGAGCUGGGGGCGGGGGUCCUGGUGUGGGAGGAACUGGUGUCCCUUGGGGGUUGGGGGCGCUUGCCCCACAGGGGAAGGGGCCCCGGGAGGCCUCAGAGAGACCUAAGCUGGCGGAAGGAGCAGCACCUCGAAGUUGUGUCCCCCCCCUCCCCCACAGACCCCCACACUUUCUUCCCCUCCCCUGGGCCCCCGGAUCAAAAUGCGCUGGGAAAGUUUGUAGUCGGAGCAGGGCCCGAAACUCCACAAAGAAGAAUGUCAAGUGCGGGGGAGUACCCACUAGAAGAAACAGAAAAAGAUGAAGAAACAGAAGUGGAAGAAGAGUAUAAUCAAUAUGAUAGAGAGGUGGAAAGUAUGCAACAGGAAUUAAAAGAAGAUGACAUGUUAAGGAAAGAGGAAGAAGAAGAGGAGGAGGAGGAAGAGGGGGAAGAAUAUGGCCAAGAGAAGGGGGCUGUCAGAGAAGAAACAGAGGAAAAGGCUGGAGAAGCACAGGGGGAGGAGGCUGCCAUUCAGGAAGAAACCACAGCGAAGCCUCAAGAAAUCACCAAAUCCAUGACCAGUUUGGAGACACUUACACUGUCUGAUUACCAGUCAGUCAUAUCAGGAACUUCCCUAAGAACCAUUACUGAGUCAAAGGAUGCCUUAGAAUCAGAACAUUUGGAAACAAAUGAGCCUUUAUUAGACUUGAGCUCAAAAGGAAAAUUUCUUGAUUUGGAUCAAAUGGGUUCCAAGGAACCAGAGAUUAUUUUCCCUGAAACACAGCCCUCAAGCGAGCUUGGGGAGAAAAUCGACCAGAUGCCCCAGGGUGAACUGGGCCGGGAAAGGAGAGAGGAAAAAAGAUGAUCAGACUUAAGUGUGAGAGAGGAAGAAUUCCAGUCCAAAGCAGAGAUCCCCGAGAAAUCACUGGUGUCUACUAGUGAGGACAUGUUGAUUCGAAAGGAUGACCGCGCCAACGUGUAUCCUUUGACAAUGACUUGGUCUUUCAAAUGGAACAGUUUUCUUCCUGUUUACUACAUUCAAGAUGAAAACCAGCGAGUUCUUCUGUAUGUCUGUGCUCACACUGUGGUCAUCUACAAUGUCUUCAAGAAUAAGCACCAUCUUCAGGGCCUUGCUAACAUGAUCUCCUGCCUCUGCAUCAGUGAAGACAGGCGGUGGAUUGCCGUGGCCAACGAAGGGCCCGACUGCCUGAUAAUCAUAUGGGACUCCUUCACAGGUAUUCCUGUGCACACUAUAUUUGACAGCUGCCCAGAAGGCAAUGGCAUCAGGGCCAUAGCCAUCACCCGGGAUGCCAAAUAUCUGGCAACCAUCUCCGAUGCUGAAAUCCAGGAAGUUUGCAUCUGGAGGUGGACCUUAGCCGUGGAAAUGCCAGCAUGUACCCUCAACCUCCUCAAAGUGUAUGGUGUUCAGAACUAUCUUACUUUUAAUCCAACAAAUAAUAAAGAAUUGGUGAGCAACAGUAAAACACAGGCAAUAUAUUAUUUGUGGUAUGAAGAGGGAGAUAUACUUGCUCACAGUGCCCCACAUUUAACAGAAAAAACCUUCAACAAGCUCAUGGGAAAAUUUAGCCAAUCAGUCUUUCAUUUGAAUUUAACACUAAUACUUUCCACGACAAUGGAAGGGAAGCUGGUUGUCUGGGAUAUCCACUGCCCACCAUAGCCUACCUCCACCUCUGUGGGCUUUCCUCAAAUCAAACCUUGUAAAUUGGUUCAUUUUCAGAAUGAGGGCAUCACUAUGCUCACUACAGUUGACAGCUAUAUUGUCACAGGUGAUAAUAGAGGUAACAUUAAGCUCUACGAUCAGACCCUGUCCAUUGUUAACUGGUACAGCAACUUCAGACUGAGCUCCAUAAGGACCCUGUCAUUUUCCAAGACCCCAACAGCUCACCCCACUGAAAAAUCAAACUAUCCUCCAGACUGCACUCUAAAAGGUGACCUUUUUAUUGUAACUGCUUGGGCCCAGCCAGGGGAGAUGGCUGGCACCCACUGCACCCCCGUUCCUCUCCCUCAGUUCAGCCUUCAAGCCCGAGAGAUCUGUGAACCCCCGAGGGUGGGGAAGGAGGACCUCCACAGCACCUCUGCAGGCCUGAUUCAUGCAUUGGGCGGCGGCCCAACAGAAGCUGUGCGCGUGCACAGGGGUUCCUGCACGCGCGUUCAUUCCUCAGGUUCCAGGUUCCAAAGCUGUGUCCUGGCAACAGGCCCCGCAUUGUGCUCUAGGCCUUCUGCCCUGACUUGGCAGCUGAAGGAGAGUGCUGCGAGCCUAGUUCGUUGUCCUUAG